CACAUUUUUGUUUUUUCGUAAAAUACCAACGGAGUUCUAUAUAUAAAAAAAUAAAGCACUACAAUAUGUGUCAGAUGACCAAGUAUGAAAUAAAUAAAACUUAAUAAAUUACAAAUUGUAACCAUACAACAAAACCAAGAAAAACGUUAACAAUGUUGAAUAAAACAGAUAAAUCUCCCAAGCCUCCUCUGAAGUCAAGUACACUCAAAAAGAGUACGCAGCUUAUGGUUCAAUUGCCCGAAGGAGCUAUAUAGGAAAUUAUUAUUCCUGUACAUAUUGUAUCAAGUAUAAUUCUCAACAUUUUCUAUUCUAUAUUGUAAGACAUUAAAAUAAAAAACGAUCUGUUUCAUUGAGCAAAAGAGCAACCAUUACAAUGUUAAUGAAAUGGAAUGAAAAUAUUUUCUUUUCAAAUAAGCUUACUUAUUAUAGUUACAGAAUAAUUUAAUUUAUCCAUAUUUUUUAUUUAACUUCCACCUCUUUUGGCUGACAAAAAGAAUAAGCGUUAUAAUUUUACCAAUUGUUAACAAUUUAUAACAGCAGUAACGAAAUUUCCUUGUCACAACUGAAAAAAAGAAAUAGUUUUUAUUUUAUUUGUAUUAAGAAUUAUUUCGGAGAUUUUAAUGAAGGUUUUAGUAGGUAUAAUUCUAUGACUGACCUUUUCGAAAGUAGAACAAUACAAUGGCAAACUUAAUUUAUAACGUUUUCAAUGCCAUCAAAUCCCAUAACCAAAUUCAACGAUCUAUCAAAUUUUCCCAUUAAUUUCAUUUUACCGUUUUUAAUAGCACAAAGGUUUUAAUUGAGAAAUAUUAGAGAUUAUUUAUAACUUUUUGUUCACAGGUCAGCCAAGGGUGGAUCCUGGGACCGGAACUAUGUGAUAUGUGGACUUCCAGCGACGUUCUAUGCAGCUCCGCUUCCAUCCUACAUCUUGUUGCUAUUGCCACUGAUAGAUACUGGGCCGUUACAGACGUAGACUACAUCCAUAUAAGAAACGAGAGGCGAAUCUUCACUAUGAUCUUCCUCGUGUGGGGAGCAGCACUAGUAGUAUCCCUGGCACCACAAUUAGGUUGGAAGGACCCUGACUACCUCGCCCGUAUUACACAGCAGCAGAAGUGCCUCGUUAGCCAAGAUCUCGCUUAUCAGAUCUUCGCUACUUGUUCCACUUUCUACGUCCCCCUCGCUGUUAUACUCAUCCUUUAUUGGAAGAUCUUCCAAACUGCUCGCAGACGCAUUCGAAGAAGAAGAGAGCCACCACCACCUCGACCAACAUCAGCAGACGGCGCUGCGCCAUUAGGUCGACCCGUUCAAUCAGCGAGAGAUAGGAGAUUUGUCAAAAAACGAUUCUUAAACCUCAAAAAGUGCAAUCAACGAACUAGAGCCGAAACGUUGGCGGCUGCUCUUUUAUUGACCGAAGGACAGAGCACUUCUACCGUUGAUACGCUAGAUGAAGAACCUCGGACAACUGCUUUCACUAUCAACGAAAAAGGCCCAACAACGGUUUCACCAGAAAAGUCUUCCUCGACCGUUACGAAUGGUUCAAAACAGGAAAGGGCUAUAGUUCCAGCUCCCACGCAUAGGGAGAAAAAAGAGUCUUUAGAAGCGAAAAGAGAGAGGAAAGCAGCAAAGACGCUAGCAAUUAUCACAGGAGCGUUCGUCUUUUGCUGGCUGCCAUUUUUCAUUAUGGCAUUGGUUAUGCCGAUUUGUCAGACGUGUGUCAUCAGCGAUUACCUAGCAAGUUUCUUUCUAUGGCUCGGCUACUUCAACUCUACGCUCAACCCAGUAAUAUACACUAUAUUCAGUCCUGAUUUCCGUCAGGCCUUUGCUCGAAUCCUCUUCGGAACCCAUCGACGUGGUCGAAAUAAAAAAUUCUAACGAAAAUGUCCCUACUAUGUAUAUAAUUGAGCCGAAACUGUGCUCGAAUGGACUAUGUUAUUAUUCCUCCUACUUGUAUUAUAUUUCGAAGCUUUCUGUAUGUUAUACAUACUUAACGUUAGUAGUGAGUGUAAAUACGUUUAGACGAAGAUUUGUAAAUAAUAUAUAAAGAUAUAUUAUACAUAUGAAUAUAAUAGAUGACGUUGAGAAUUGUUUUUUUACGCGUUAUAGUCUAUGCAGCCGCGUUGGGGUCGCUCGCGAGUCCAGGGCGACCCCGCCGCCAGCUCUUAUGUUGUUUCAAGUGACAUUACGAAAUAAAUAUUUAAAUUACAUCACAUAACACUUUUUUAUUUACCUUUCAUGAAUGACCAAUAGAGUUGAUGAUUAUUUAGCAAUCUAUUUGCUAUUAAUCUUUAAUCUUUGGUGUAAAAUUGAAAUGCAGCAAGAGUAUGGUCAGUGGUUGGGCCUGCUAUCGAGGUUAACCAAUAUUCGCAAAAGAUAAAGAAGAAGAGUAUACCUAAAAUAGAAUAUAAAAUCACUUUCUAAAUAAUGAUGUAUAGAAUUUUGUUA